GCCGCGUUUGUUUGCAGCAGUUCGCAGCGAGCUUCUGUCGCGGGUGUUCAGUCGUUGUUGAGUCGCGAGUUUCUUGGCCAUUGUGCCGCGGAGACGGCGGACGAGGUCGAGGUCGGGAGAGAGUCGUUUCAUCCCCAGGGCGCGGAAUUCUCCCGCCGGAGAGGCGAGUGCUCGCCGAAGCCAGGAGCCACUUGACGGUGGUUGCCUGUGGUCGCCUGCGUGGUCGCUUUCCUGGUCGCGGCUGACUAGGAGUCGGCAGAAGUCCUGAGGGAGAGCCCCCGCUACACCGGGAAACGAUGGUCGACUAUUACUCGGUCCUCGACAUCUCGAGGACCGCCUCCAGCGCGGAAAUUAAGAAGGCGUACAGGAAGUUAGCACUCAGAUGGCAUCCGGAUAAGAACCCUGAUAACCCAGACGAAGCAAACAAGAGGUUCAAGGAGAUCUCCGAGGCUUAUGAAGUUCUCAUCGAUGACGCGAAGAGAAGAACCUACGACCAGCGUUUGUAUCAGAAGGCGUCCUCGAGGCCAGGCCGUGGAUUCACAUCACGGAGUUACUUUGACUCUCCCUUUCAGCGAUUUUUCGAGAGAAAACGAAGAGUCUACGAUCAGUAUGGAAAGGACGGUCUUCAGAUGCCAGGUGGCAAACGUCGCCACGAGGAUGACUUCGAUUCCCGCUUUGCUGAAUCCUUCAUCUUCAGGGACCCCGAAGACGUGUUUCGAGACUUCUUCGGUGGAUCUGCCUUCGAAGAUCUCUAUGACUUAUUUCCUGGCACCUUCAGGGGCAUGAACAGGCACAGUCACCCAUUGAACAACAGCCUGAGCACUCCUUUCGGUCCUAUGGGCUUCGGCUUUGGUUCACACCUAGAGAACCUCUUUGGCGGUGGACUGGGGAACGUAGACUCCUUUAGUAGUUAUAGCAGCAGCCAGGGCGGUCCUAGUAGCGGGUCCACCGUAAAGAGAACCAGCACCUCGACCAGAUUCAUUAAUGGGAAGAAGAUCACGACGAAGAAGGUCUACGAGAACGGCAAGGAGACCGUCAUGUCCUUCGAGAACGACGUCCUUAAAUCGAAGACGGUGAAUGGCGUGCCGCAGUCCAUAAAGUACGAUGAAGUGUCAACAAGUCGCCAGGCGAGCGAGAAGCCGACCGAGACCGGCCAGAACGCGAAAUCGAUGCACCACGAGCACCAUAGCAGGCUAAAGAGCCACCACCAUCCGCACCUCAGCUCGAAAGAUAAGAGCAAGCGGAAGUAAGCCAGGGAGAGAGAGAGAGAGAGCUGACCCACCACAGGAGGGACCGAUGGCUGUUCACGUUGUCGCGCCUCCUCUGUUGUCGCUAAAUUGACCCUUGUUAAGAGUGUCGAAGCCCAGAGCUCGAUUGGGGCCUCUGUCUCACCCCUGGGGAGGCUGACGACGGAUGGUAAGUGUCGGACCGAAUUCACAGGAAACCUGGCUCUUUUUUUUCGUUUGCUGCCCCUUGGGUUAUGUCUCUUCGUCUGGUCAAGCAGCAGCCGAGGGACAGGCUGGAUGUGUAUUUUGAAUGGUUUCGUGCAUAGAAUUCACUUUGGACGGAUUAUUGACGAGCUUUUGAAUUUGAUAAGUUAUGGCAGUGACAGGUUAGGAAUCUUUUAAACGUGACAAUUGAGUUUGAGUUCCUUAGAUUCAUUCUAAAGCGUUUUGUAAGCUUUCACUGGACUAAGGGUGAUGAUUUAGUAAUUGAUUUGGUCUUUUUAAGAGUUUCUCGAUCUAUGAUUGUCCUGUCGGUCGAUGCGUGAAGCAAAUUCUAUGCAAAACUGUCCAAAGUGGAUGCCCUUGUCUGGAUGAUAGACAGCUAUCGGGAGGAUCUUCGAGUCCAAUCACCAAAUUAGAAGCACACUCCAACAUAUCUCAGACUGCUGAUUAAGAGAGGAUCAAAUAAAGUCGAUUGCCAAAUAGUAACGUCAUAUUUAUCACGUUUAUACUUCAAGACCAGCGAUGCACCGUUUAGGUCUUCGCACCAGCGAAAGACGAGAGCUCUCUCUCUCUCUCUCUCUCACUCACUCUCUUUUAUCGAUAAGUGUUGACAGUUCGGCGUAACCCACCUCAUCAACGUGUUGCCCCGAUGUCUGUUCUUAGAUUUCUGAGAAGCAACUUUGCAGAGCUAGAUAGAUAUUCUUUUGACAUAGUUCUAUGAAAAGGCUUGUUUUAAAGCGAAUUUUGUGUGAAAAUAUGUCAAAUCGAUGCCCGGGUCUGUUUAAAUAUGGUCUUGCUUAAUAAGGUUAGAAGGAAGAAUGUCCUCGGAGCGACUUUGUUAGGUUAAGGUUUCUUUGAACAUAAGGAAAAAACCUUCCAAGUCCAACUUUAUUUUAAAGUGAGCUUCAGAUUAUCGAUGAGAUGUUCUUUAGACGCACCCUAAUGGACAUUGUCAAAAAACACAAAAAAGAUCAUUCGUAUAUCCUUAUUAUCUUAUUUAAAACAUUUUUUCAUAGCUUCGAAUGCAACGUCCGUCAUUUAAUUAUAUUCUGCAUUUAAUUAUAAACUAGGUGAUAAACGUGCUGUGAUUUGACACUUAUUUAGCGGGACAAGAUCGGGUAUUAAAUACUUAUUUCAAUGAAAUCCUCAUAGAUCAAUUAAUGUGAUACAACGUUCGAAAAUUAGGAAGACGAAUCCUACCUUACUUUGACUCAAAGUUUAUUUAUUCAGCAGAAAAUUUUCGCCAAGUAAAUCCAUAUCUAGUAAUUGUUAUUUCCUCUAGAUCAAUUUUAUUAACGAGGUUCACCUUGAAGUAAACUUGGACUUUUCGAUGAAACCACUGCAUCUCCAUUAAACGACAUCUGGAAGGGGUCUGACCGAUCGUUCAGGUAAUUUUUUCCCCGAACAGUGCGAAGCUCACUUAUUUUGGUUUGCUUGAAUAAAAGAAAAGGCUGCUUCCCCAGCUUAAAAUAAUGAUUACUAAAAAUUUGCUUACAAUGGACGAGAGGUCAGGGCCGGGUCCAGGAAAUUGGAACGUCUCUUCGAAGGAGGAUUUAUCGAUGCAUCGAGUCGAUGAGUUCUGGCCUUGGCGAGACUAGGGAGAGAGAACGAGAGUUGAGAGAGUGCGAGAAACUUAGAGGAAACGAGAGAUACACAGGAAAUCGAGAAGGGGAAUCAGGAGAGCGGCUUUUAGUUUUAAGUGUAUAAUUUUAACGAGCUAAGGACCGACUUCCCGAGAGGUUAGGGUCGCGCAUUCGUUACGGCCGCGACAUAACCUCGAAAAGGGGGUGCGAAAAGACCCCGUUUUAAGGACGAGUUUUGCGCGAGGGCUGUCACGAGCGACUCGGUGAGCGAGUUUAUAUUAUAUUAACGUCGAUUUAGCGGUAAUUAGACGCGCUGUCGGCCUGAUGAACUGAUUACGCGAGCGGGCCCCGUAGUAGCGCUCUCGAGUCGCCGUACUCUCCUUGAAGGUUAGGAAACCUGACGAUCCGUUUUGGAAUUAUUCCCUGGAAUGUCGAAUUAACAAGGUUUGCAAUUUGUUUCUUAGUGUUGAGUUUUCUUGGCGGAAAGUUGUUGUCUAUUGGUUGGCAGAUACGUGCUUGAAGUGAAGGAAGGAUGCUUCACAGUUUCUCCCCCGUCGGAGUGACUGACAGUCACUGUUCCUCGAUAGGUAUUUUUUGGAUGUGGAGCGACUAGUAAGCGAAUUUUACUUAUGCUCAAUUAGAGUAAGUCGAUUCUAGAGUGCGUUACAUGAGACCGCAGGUGUAGACCUUCGAUAGGAAUCGUUUGUUCGGGAUUUUGUGGAUUCUUUUACCGAUCACUGUGUAGUGGAGAAUGAUUGCAGCAGAGGAAAUGCUUUGAUAGGACGUAUCUGAGAGCUGGAAGUGUUACAUUGACAGGGUGAAUCAAUUAAGAUGUUUUUCCAUUUAUGUAACCAGAGGCCUUGCUUCGACAGAGAAAGAAACGAAUGACCUGCAGUUUGACAUUCGAUAUUAUAAAUACAAACCUUGGUAAUAUCGAGUUUUGAAUCUUAUUAAUUAAUUUUAGGGUGACAAGUCGAAAUGAUCCUUGGAUCCCAAUUUAAAGAACUCGAUAACAACUUCAUUAAAUUUAUUGUCGAUCGGUGAUUGCGGUAUCCUGUCGAUGCAAUCGUGAUAAAUAGUGUCACGUAUUAUAUAUUAUGAAAACAAACCUUGAAACUGUCAGGGUACUGAAUUGUAUAAAUCAACUUAUAAUUUAAAGAGUUUAGUAGCGACUCACUAUAUUCAUUCUUGAUCGGUGACUGCGGUGUCCUGUCGAUGCAACCAAUGCAAUGUUUUGGGAUCUUCGAUUGAACAUAAACAAUUGCAAACCUGUUAUCUCUGUGUCGAAUCACUUGUAGAAUAAUUUCUAAAGGGCCGCCAGGUGUGAUGCGAGGAGAUCCACUUCGCUGAAGGGAACUAUUCGUCGAGUUUUAUCUGCGAAGAGUGAAUGAUGCCGUCGAGGAUGUCCUGUAGGGUCCUUCUUGUUCCGGACGAUGGUUAUCGGAAUAACUGUCACUGUCCUUGCAAGAUUGUUAACUGCCCAAGGUGGCGGCUACGUGGAGUAACGAGGAAUAACGAGAAUAAUGAGAAUAACGAGAUAACGUGAUCACGGGAAUUACAUUAAAUUAUUCGCUGUAUUCGCUAUACUUGGUGUGAUUGGUCCACGAAGGAGGUAGUUCAACGGUGAGGGCUUUUUCCGUUUAGUAGAGAGAGCGAGCCGUUAGGAGAGAGAAAGUGCACCCCCGGAGAUAUAUCUUUCACCCCGUCGCGGUAUAUUAUACGAGUAUAUAUCCUCUAGCGCGAUAUUCACGUCCCCAGGACCUUCAACUGUAGCGCAUUGUACGUCUCACUUAAGUAAUUCACCACGUAUGUGUAUAUAAUGAAUAAGUCGAAGGAUGUUAAGCUUAAACAAAUGAACAAAUACAUUAUUAAUAUUCACUAAA